GGAGGCGCAUGCGCAGAGCAGUGAGUAAGUUAACUCCUGAACUUCGUAGUCAGAAAAAUUUGAGAUUUUGUAAAAUCUUGAGGAAAACAACAACAGCAGACAGACACACACUCACAGACACACACAGACGUAGAGCAGAGCGCAGAGAUGGCGUUCCGGCGCAGGAACAAGAGUUACCCUUUCUUCAGUCAGGAGUUCUUCAUUCAGAAUCACGCAGACAUCGUCUUCAGUUUGGUCAUUUUCAUUCUCAUUGGGUUGAUGUUUGAGGUAAGAUCGACUUUAUCUCCACUGUCCUAAAGUUCCUCUAAGACCUGCUGCAGGUUAAAGAGUCUAACUCUGGACUCAUCGGACUUUAAAGUUUGUUUUUUACUUUAACUUCAAACUUUUCUGUUAAACUGCAGCUUUGUGUCGCUGAGAUGUUCGUGUUUGUUGGCACUUUGAUAAAGUUUUAGGAACUAUAAAUCUGACUUCUUUCACACUCUUAACUGACAGGUAGUGACUUUAAGUUAAAGGGUGUUUAAUGUAAAAGUUUUUGAUUAAAACCGUAACUUUCGGCUCUUUUUUUAACCCGUUUUCUCGUUAUUAUCUCUCCGUUAUCAGAGUUUGUCUCUGUCUUUGGUGACAGCUCCGUGUUCACUCACAUCUCCGUGUCCACCGAUAAAACAACAAGUUUGAACUCGUCUGUUUUUGUCAAAUUCCCGUUUUUUUACCCUCUUUGUCUCUGAGUUCUUCCACUUUCCAGCACAGACAGUCCGCUGCAACAGUUUGAGAUUUACCACAAAAUCUGAACAUUAAAGGAAGUACGAGCUGUGGGAUUUUCAAAUUAAAAGCAUGACUGUAGCCCGGAGUGAGCUCGACCAUAGAUAUCUACGAAAAAGGCUAGAUGCCGGCCAUUUUGCUACGGUCAGCUCGCCCACUCCGAACAUUCCAGUCUAUGGUGAAUGUAACAUGUAAAUAAUUGUAGAUUGAUUAAUUUUAAACCGAUUUUUAAACAGUUUGGUUUGUAACAAACCUCAGAGUUUUAGUUAUGUUCCUGCAUACUCAAGAAUAAUUUUAACCAUGGAUUUUCAUAAAUAAACAUUAAGCAGAUAGGUAGAGAAACAGCUAUAGACCUACACACACAAGGCAACUUAAGUAAAUUAAUCGAUGAGAUGUAAUAAUUUGUAUAUAAAAUAUAUAUGUACAUAUUUACGCACAUUCACAUAACUUACAUUAAUAAAUAUAUAAAAUAAUCAAUAAAAAAGUACUGAAAGUUAGCCCAAAGUGAAACAACUGUGCAGCAUGGUUAAGUCUUUUUUUCUUAAAUUAAAUCUGCCAUUUUAAUCUGUCCAAACAUCCCGACUCAGAGCCACAUUAUGAAGGUCUGUAAUAAACUAAACCGUUUAUAAAUCUGUCAGGAUUUCAGGGCGUUAAGAGGAUUUUUGAUCACGUAGAUUACUCGCCUCCAUCAGCUACCAUAGAGCAUAGCAGAAUGUUUUACUGGAGUAAGAUGGCCGCCGUGACUCAUUCUCGAGUCAUCUAGCCUUUGUCAAAGAUAUCUAUGAGUUCUAUGACGUGUUGGACUUUUAGAGUCUUAUUUUGAAAAGAAAUAACGGAAGUGGUGUGUCGUAUUCCCGCUGACUUCACAGCUGGUCUUAACUGCCACGUCUCAAUCUGUGGGUCUGUACCUCAGCCUGCUGCAGGAUCAGUUUAACCAAAGACUUCUUCUUCAUCUUCUUUAACCGCUGACAUCUAGUUUCUGACAGAGCCAGGUGUCUCCUCAGACCCUCACAGCCCACAGAGAGACUCUCAGGUCUUUACAGAUGUUCAUCAGAGUUUCAGGACUCUGGUUUCUCUCUCACAGCUGUCCGUGUGGAAAAUAAAAAAAAGGGGAUUUCCUUUUUUUUCUCAUUACUGUAAAAAAGAGAAGAAGUGGUCUGUGGUGGGCCUCGAAAUUCAGAUUUUAACUCUGUAGGUCAUCUGAGGCCUCCCUCCCUCCCUCCCUCCCUCCCUCGGAGUGAAGGGAAUGACUGGAGUCCUUCUGCACCCUGCUGUCCAAACUUGAUGUCCCUCAGUUUAGAUGUCACCUUAAUUAUUUCUGCACCAAGUCAAAUAAAAUAAAGUUUAUUUAACGUUAAAGAAGUCCUAACAUGCUCCUCAGUCAGAUUGAAUAAAUGUAAGAGCUCACACAUGAAUAAAAAAAGGAGAAACCCUCGCUGAAGUCAUGAAAUAAUGAACUGAAAACAUCUUUUACAAAUUUAAACGCUCUAAAUUAAUUAUAUUAACCGUUUUAGACUCCUGUCUGAACCUGAGAAAGCUCAGCGGUGUGGAAAAUGUUAGAGGGUUUCAGAAAACUUCACCGUAGACUCUGGGAGGAUUUACACGGUCAUUUCUCUGAUGGAACAAACAGAUAAUCAAUCAGUUUAUCGAUGAUUAAGACAUGAAUUAUUGGUCUGAUGCAGCUCUGAACCUUUUAUCUUGAUCUGCUGCUUCAAUCUGCGUUUCUUUAUCUCAGGAGUUUUAAAAUAAGUCGUCAGUAUUCACAAUCACAUGCAGUUAAUACUCCUCAUCCUGCAGGUUUAUCAAACUAUUAUUGUGAGUCACACACACACACACACACACACACACACACACACACACACACACACACACAGCUUUUUUUUUAUCUCAUUUCCUGUCAUAAUUAUUUAUUUGUUGUCAUAGUUAUUUAUGUGUCCUGUCGUUUCUGUUGCUGCUGUGAUAACAUGAAUUUCCCUGUUUGAGGAUCAAUAAAGUUGAAUUCUCUUCUAUUAUUGAUCGAUUGUUUCUAAUCAGUCUUGUCUGAUUUCCAGGCGACAGCGAAGACGGCCAUCCUGUUCAUCCAGCCUCAGUAUAAUGUCACCACACUAUCAGCAGGUACUGUGAAAACUGAUUGAUAUUUCUCAUUGAUCUAUUAUUGGCUCUGAUCAGUGUGUGUGCGUUUACCUCGCUGUUGCUGUUGAAGAUACGUUUGUGUGUUUUUUCUCGCUCCUACGUGCGCUCAGAGGGAGAGGUGACGCUCUACCAUUACGGCUGGAAGGACGGCGCCACCGUCCUCUUCUACUUCUUCAUCGCCAUCAUCCUCCACGCCGUGGUGCAGGAGUAUCUGCUGGAUGUGAGUUCUGAGAGGAGGAGUGUGCUGCAGACUUAAGACUUUGAACAAACAGCACAGUAAGAAGGGAAAACAGACCUGAUAAUGGAGGAGUUUUAUUUACACUAAAAUAAAUCUCUUUUUUAAUCUCUUUUUUAUUGAUUUAUUUUGAUACAUAUCUGCAUCCUGAAGUCUGCACCUGUGUGCCGUUGUGCAGGUAUGGAGCGUUGAGGUGUUAUUUUAGCUCCAUCGGUCUUGAAAGCCUCACUUCUUCACAGGAGUGUUCUCAGCCGCAGCUAUAAAUAGCUCCUGCUGUCUUUUCUUGUCCCACUUAUUUGUGUGACUCUGACACUUCCUCCUGCAUGACAAUGACAGAGUCGGCGUCACCGUCUCCUGUUCUCGCCGCGUCGUGACCCGCCGUGUGUUUUUUUUGUUUCCUUGUUCCAGAAAGUGAACCGCCGUCUCCACCUCUCCAAGAGCAAAAACACCAAGUUUAACGAGUCGGGUCAGCUGUGUGUGUUUCACCUGGUGUCGAGUGUGUGGGGUUUUUACAUCCUCAUCACAGUAAGACAGUCGGAUCCUGACAUCUUCACACUAAAGGAGAGAAAUCAAACAUUCAUAAAGACAGAAUUAAAUCUUCUUUUCUUUAAUUCUCCUCAUAGGAAGGUUAUCUUCUACAUCCCAGCAGCCUUUGGGAGAACUACCCCCAUGUUCACCUCAGGUAAGAAUCAGCUGUUUAGAUCACAUCAUUGAAUAAACUAAUAAAUAAUGACAUUUAUCAAAAUAAUUACAGACACGCUUCAUAAAACCAAAUAAAGGUGUUUUUAUCUAAAAUAAAAUUACAGUUAUUUUUAGUUUGUGACGUGAAUUAAUUAUAUUUUUAUGAUUCAGUUAAAAAAAUUGAUGAAAUAAGUUUUUUCAGCUCUGACUAAAGCAGAACUUUUGAGAGGAUGAACAUUAAAAUUUAGAUUAAAUUAGAUUAUAUACAACUUUAUUUCUCCUUUUAGUAAUUGUUGGUCAAACUCAAAGAAAUCUGUAGUUGCAGAUCUUUAAAAAACCUGUUAUUAAAUCAGAAUAGUGCAAAGAUAAGGAAACAUGUUGAACUAAAACAAAGAUGUUGAUUUAAGAAAUGAAAAAAUCUCCUACUUUCAUUUCUCACAUGUACAACAUGCAAAGUCUCUGAAACGUUCAUGUAAAUGAGGAAGAGGAGUUUCCUCUCAGGUCUGAAACACGUCUGUGUUUCUGUGCUAACCUCUGUUUUUAACACCGAGUCAUUUAGUUCAAAUUAAAGAGGGAAUUAUUGUCUUUUCUCUAAAAACACGAACACCUCCUUCUCUCUCUCUCUCUCUCUCUCUCUCUCUCUCUCUCUCUCUCUCUCUCUCUCUCUCUCUCUCUCUCUCUCUCUCUCUCUCUCUCUCUCUCUCUCUCUCUCUCUCUCUCUCUCUCUCUCUCUCUCUCUCUCUCUCUCUCUCUCUCUCUGUCUCUCUCGCUCUCUCUCUCUCCCUCUCUCUCUCUCUCUCUCUCUCUCUCUCUCUCUCUCUCUCUCUCUCUCUCUCUCUCUCUCUCUCUCUCUCUCUGUCUCUCUCUCUCUCUCUCUCUCUCUCUCUCUCUCUCUCUCUGUCUCUCUCGCUCUCUCUCUCCCUCUCUCUCUCUCUCUCGCUCUCUCUCUCUCUCUCUCUCUCUCUCUCUCUCUCUCUCUCUCUCUCUCUCUCUCUCUCUCUCUCUCUCUCUCUCUCUCUCUCUCUCUCUCUCUCUCUCUCUCUCUCCUCUCUCUCCUCUCUCUCUCUCUCUCUCUCUCUCUCUCUCUCUCUCUCUCUCUCUCUCUCUCUCUCUCUCUCUCUCUCUCUCUCUCUCUCUCUCUCUCUCUCUCUCUCUCUCUCUCUCUCUCUCUCUCUCUCUCUCUCUCUCUCUCUCUCUCUCUCUCUCUCUCUCUCUCUCUCUCUCUCUCUCUCUCUCUCUCUCUCUCUCUCUCUCUCUCUCUCUCUCUCUCUCUCUCUCUCUCUCUCUCUCUCUCUGUCUCUCUCGCUCUCUCUCUCUCUCUCUCUCUCUCUCUCUCUCCUCUCUCUCUCUCUCUCUCUCUCUCUCUCUCUCUCUCUCUCUCUCUCUCUCCCUCUCUCUCUCUCUCUCUCUCUCUCUCUCUCUCUGUCUCUCUCGCUCUCUCUCUCUCUCUCUCUCUCUCUCUCUCUCUCUCUCUCUCUCUCUCUCUCUCUCUCUCUCUCUCUCUCUCUCUCUCUCUCUCUCUCUCUCUCUCUCUCUCUCUCUCUCUCUCUCUCUCUCUCUCUCUCUCUCUCUCUCUCCCUCUCUCUCUCUCUCUCUCUCUCUGCAGGUUUCAGGUGAAGUUCUUCUACCUCACUCAGCUGGCCUACUGGCUCCACGCCCUGCCGGAGCUCUACUUCCAGAAAGUACGCAAGGUCAGUGAGGAGGCCUGGGAACUGGAGGAGCUCUGGAGUGUGACGAGAUGAGCUGUGUGUGUGUGUGUGUGUGUGUGUGUGUGUGUGUGCGUGUGUUAACCUUUGUUAAUGGAGUGUGUUGUUUGUCUUCCAGGAGGAGAUUCCUCGGCAGCUGCAGUACAUCAGUCUGUAUCUGCUCCACAUCUCUGCAGCGUAUUUGUUAAAGUGAGUUCCUUCAGAGGAGAAGAAGAAAACACGAAGAGUGUGAAGACAAACAAAAGCAUGACGUGAUGAAACAUGAUGAAGUUUAUUAUCCGCCCUCUUCUGUUACUGCUGCUGACUGACCUUCUGUUGAAGAAGCUUCUUCUAGAUUCAGGAUCUGAACCGUCUUCUGCUUCUCUGUCCUGCAGUAUGAGCCGAGUGGGUCUGGUGCUGCUGUUCCUCCAGUAUGUGUCAGAACUGGGUUUCCACAUCGCCAGACUCUUUUACUUCACUGAUGAGAACCAUCAGAAAAUGUAGGUGACUCUGAGACUCCAGGACCUGGUCUUAAGUUCUGAGCUGUAGGUGGAACAGAGACUUUAGAGUUUCAUUUGUGUUUCUGUGUUUUCUCCUCGUCUCGUCUCGGCGUCAGGUUCGACCUGUGGGCGGUCAGCUUCGUGUUUACUCGUAUGGUGACUCUGACCCUGAUGUUCCUGGCUGUUGGGUUUGGUUUGGCCCGAGCGGAGGAUCAGGGUCUGGACUUAGAGACGGGAAACUUCAACACUGUACUGAUAAGGUAACGACCUCUGUCCUGAUGUCGGAUAAUGAUUGAUUCUGUACGCCGCCACGUUAGUGUCGGCUCUAACCCUCACCCUCGUACCUCGGCCCCCCAGGAUGACGGUUCUCCUGCUGGUGUGUUUGACCCAGUCCUGGCUGCUCUGGAAGUUUAUCCGCUUCCAGCUGAGACGCUGGAGAGAGUUCCGACACGAACAGGCCGUUCGCAAGAAGACCGCCACCAAACAGCUCCUGCGGCCCCUGAAGAGAGACUCGGGUGAGUGUGAAGUCCUGACAUGAUGAUAACAUGACAGGGUUAGUGAUUCAUUCAUUCAUCGUGGUUUCUCACCUCUGUGUCUCGUCCCAGUCGGUCACCAUGAAAACGGCGUCCUCAAAGCUGAAAACGGAGCCUCUCCACGGACCAAAAAGCUCAAAUCUCCCUAAGAUGCGUCACGGCGCGGCCUGAACGGCGACCUUAGCGCCGGCUGAGGUUUCUCAUCGGCACAGCGAGGAAGCUGGCAGCUACAGGCCACCGAGCUUCCUGUCGAGCACGUCCUGAGACGUUGGAGAGACUGAAGCCGCCACAGACUUUGGCUGAAAUGCUGGAAACACAAACUUCAUGGAACCUUCUCUCCAGCCGAACCCACAGACUCCUCCCCCUCCUUCAUCAUAUCAGUAUUUUUAUACAUCUACGCCGCCUGCUACCCCCUCCCCCGACCUAAGGAGCACCGAUGUACGCCGAAUAAAUGAAAACAGUGUGCAGCACACGUUAUUGUGUGUCUGUGUGUGUGUAUGAGUGUGUGUGUCCUCAGAAGUACUGUACUAGUCGUAGAGUUGAUGAUGCUGCAGCUGUUUGUUUGUUUUUUUGAGCCGGCUCCGCCUCUUUUCUAGAUCGCUCUGAUGGAGCAGAAACAUGUUACUGAUCAUCAUGGCCUGGUAUCUUGUCCUAGUAUGUUGUCCUGGUAUCUUGUCCUGGUAUCUUGUCCUGUUCCUGGUAUCUUGUCCUAGUAUGUUGUCCUAGUAUGAUGAUGUCCUUGGAUGUUGCCCUGGUAUGUUGUUCUAGUAUGUUGUCCUGGUAUCUUGUCCUUGUAUCUUGUCCUGGUAUGUUGUCCUGGUCCUGGUAUCUUGUCCUGGUAUGUUGUCCUGGUAUGAUGUCCCAGUCCUGGUAUGUUGUCCUGGUAUCUUGUCCUGAUCCUCUUAUCUUGUCCUGGUAUGUUGUCCUUGUUUCUUGUCCUGAUAUCUUGUCCUGGUCCUGGUAUCUUGUCCUGGUAUGUUGUCCUGGUCCUUGUAUCUUGUCCUGGUAUGUUUCCUGGUAUGUUGUCCUGGUAUGUUGUCCUGGUAUGAUGUCCCAGUCCUGGUAUCUUGUCCUAGUAUGUUGUCCUGGUCCUGAUAUGUUGUCCUAGUAUGUUGUCCUGGUCCUUGUAUCUUGUCCUGGUAUGUUUCCUGGUAUGUUGUCCUGGUAUCUUGUCCUGGUCCUGGUAUGUUUCCUGGUAUCUUGUCCUGGUAUCUUGUCCUGGUCCUGGUAUGUUAACUGGUAUGUUGUCCUGGUAUCUUGUCCUGGUAUGUUGUCCUGGUCCUGGUAUCUUGUCCUGGUAUCUUGUCCUGGUAUCUUGUCCUGGUCCUGAUAUCUUGUCCUGGUAUCUUGUUCACUCAGUGUGCUGGCCUGAACAUGACCUGUGACGGUUCCGGAUCAGAACCACGCCCACCUGAGCUCGUCUCAUUGGUUCCUGUUUAAAGUUCUGGUUCUGAACAGAACAGCAUGAAUGUUGGAUAUCAUCACAUGUCAUUCCAUCUAAUUUCUUUAAUUGUUAAUUUCUUUAUUAAAUGCAGUUUUCUCUGAUGUCACCUGGUACUUUUAUUGUUUUUUUUUAAUAAUGUGAAAAAAGCAGAAAUGAAAAGAGACAAACUGAGAGAAGUUCAGGAAUCAGCUGACUCAAACGUAAACACAGUCUCACUCUAUCAGGAACAUUUCCUGAAGUUGCCAGGUUUGACCGUACAGACCCCCUUUCAGAGACGUCUGAGUGUUUUAUGAAUGAAGACCAACAAAGAUCAUGUCGUCUUCUUCUUCUCUGAUUUAUGAGGAUUGAUGAACCUUCAUGAAGACGGCGCCGUCACGUUCUCACCUGAUAAAGAAACAAGAACAGGAGUCGGUGUGUUAAAUAUGUAAAAACACUCCUGACCUCCACCUGCAGACCGACUCCACCUGUGUGUGUUUUACCGUCUGGGUCAGCUCUCGGGGUCUCAGCCGUCCUCACGCUCAGCUUCAGGCGCAGAGAGUCCAGCGUCUGUUCAGGGAUCUGGUCUGAGACGGACUCAAGAUACUUCAGCACAAAGUGGUCAGCGUCAGUCAAGACGAAGCGAUGACCGAAAACUGAGAGAAACAGCGAGAGGAGGAGAGGGUCAAGAGUUCAGCAGGGAUGGUCUCUCUGAGGGGGUCCGAGGGUCUGAACCAUGCAGGACUUUCAGAGGACACAGUCCUUCUCAGACCUGGGUUUAUCCAAACUGACCGGUCUUACCUUCCACUGUGGCUCCAAUAACAAAGUCCGCCGGUGAGUAGAAGUCCGGCUUUUCCACGGUAGAACCGGGCUUUGGGAUGCGGGUCUUCUCCAGAAACCGUCCCCCGCCACAGUUGAGGGUGGGCUUCUCAUAAAUACUGAUCAUGUCGUCGGACAGGAAGAAGGACAGCACGAAACGGCGGCUCUCAUCGUCAGGGUUCUGGGAGUCCUAGAAGGUCGGAGAGGAAGAGGAGAGAGAUCAUGUGACCCGUUCAGACCGAGGAGCAGAACCAGACUCAUGGGGACUCACCAGCCGGACGCUGUAGCGCAGAGCUUUGUUUCCGUUCAGGAGCAUCUUCAGCACGUCCUUCUUCGGAGG